AUGCACCAAUGGGAUUUUAGUAUGAAGCGCGCGAAUCUACACCUCAUCCCGUUGAUCCAACCGCACCAUCAGCAGCAGCCGCAAGAUGACGAAGCGAGUGUGGACCAGGCUGGUUCCGGCGCCACCACCGAGCUGACGGGAUGCGUACUGAUUGAUUCUACUCGCCGAGGGAAGCGGUAUCCAGAUGCUUUGUCCAAGACCGUGCCGAUCUGGUGUGCUGUUCUGAAUCGUGCAUCUCAUCGAACUUUUGGCACACCAAGCGAUCCACCUCCCUUGCAGAUACCUACAGAUACUGUAUCACUCAGUGAAGCGGCACAAAUCGAAGCUCGCUUGGAUAUGUGGGUCCACAAAUUUUGUGCGUCUGACUUGGCUGUUCCGUGUCUUGAGAAGCCUCUUUGUCCCGUGUUCGUCCAUGCACCACAUAUACCCACCUUGCCCACUUGUGCUAUGCAACACCACAUCGUGCUGGUGAGUGUCUCGCCAAGUGAGACACCCAAGGCAUUUCACACCAUGCAUGCGUCUUACGUUCAGGGUGCGGGUGAUGAUCACGAAGCUUGGGCUCACGGACUCACACCUGCUUUGUUCUGGCGUCAUCAUCGGGAACUUCUUGCGCCUCAUUUGCAGCGUGAAGAUCGUGUUAAACUCGUGCACAAGCUCGUGCGAGAGGAGCGCGGGCGUUCUGGCCAAGUCCCGUGGCUAGCGACGGACAACUCAGCGACUCGAAUCGACGGCACGUGCCUCUUUAUCGCUGCACGCCCUCUCGCCCACUCAUUUUCUCAUCAUGAGCGCUCUCGCUAUGCAUUCAUUGUGCACUGUUCCCAAUCUGAGCGGGAGCCAUCGACAACACCUGCGACACAACAACAGCCGUGUACAUCGGAGACUCCACCUGUCUUACGCCUUGGCAUAGAUGCGUCAAAGCGUGGCCUCGGGUCCUUUUCCCGAGCGUUGCCUCUCGUCGUUGACGCUGUUACAGAUGCAUUAAUAUGGGAAACACGGAACAAGGAGCAUCCACGUGGCGUGCUUGUGUGUUGUAGUGACGGUUGCCAGCUUAGCGGUGCUGUGGCCGUGGCAAUACUGGCUGCAUCAUACGACCAGCACCGUCAGUUUCUCGGCACUGGUACAGAUGCUCAUCAAAAACUCACAAAGCAUCGCAAGCGUAUUUCCAAAGAUGAUACUCAGCGGCGACUUCAGUGGAUCACCGGCUCUGUUCAUUCGGUGAGCCAGACUUCUCCCAGUCGUGCGCAUCUGCAGCGUGUGAAUGCAUACCUUAUGGGUCCUCUACGUCAAGUACGUUUAUGGGAGUAA